AUGAUGAGAGGUUGUAAACGAGUAGUGACUGAGGCUCUACCAUCCAUUUCUAGACAAACCAAAUCUGUUCUACCAUCUUAUAACUUUCAGCAGUUAAGGAGUACAGUCAUAGUUAAAAGAAGACAUGAACCAGGCUUGGCUAAAAUUGGCAGCAAUCCCAAAAUCAGGACACGUCAUCUGAUUUAUGAUUUCUGUGAAAGAGUUCAUAGUAAUCCACUUCCACCUAUACAAUGUAUUUUGAAAGAAAAUAUUCUUGGACUUGGAGUAGAAGGAGAAUUAGUAACAGUAUCUAGGAAAAUGUUUAGAAACAGUUUAUACCCCAGACAAAAAGCUGUGUAUGCUUCACCAGAAAAUCUGGCAGAAUAUCAAACUGUUGAAAAGGAUAAAACUGGAAAGAAGAAAGUUACCAAAUUCUCCAUGACUACAUCUGCUCGAUUAAAGAAGUUAUAUUUGCCGGUUCCAAUGAGUGGAGACAACAAAUGGACUUUAAACAAAGAUCAUAUUAGACUAGCUCUUAGAAAAGUGGGUGUUGAAGCUGAACAAGAUACAAUAACACUGCUCCACUCAUCAAUCACAGAACCACAAGAAUUUAAAUUUGAAAUUUCUGUUAUGGGAUUGGAUCCAAUAACAGUUGAUGGUCAUAUUUACUUAGUAUAUAAAAAUGCAGCCAAAAAUAUGGCUGCCUUGGACCUCCCACCUGUCUGGAAGACCACAGUAAAGAAGCCCAAAGACAGUGAUCAAUUGGAAGCGGAAG